AGAUGGAAAAUUUCGAGAUUUAUAAUGCAUCGAAGCUAGUACAACUCUAAGUAGAGAUUAUUAAUGCAACAUGUUUUAUUCUGGAUAGGUAAAAAAUGUAAAAGGUUGUGUGGAGAUAAGUUGGGAAUAUUGAAAUAAUGGUGAUUCUUAUAUAGGUAUAAUAGGAAAUGAUAAUUAUAUUGAGAAAACAAGGAGCGAUUGUUGUCAAAUGCAUUGUUCAGCAGUAUCAGUAGAGUUAACUACAAAUGACAAUGAGUAAAAUUCCAAUUUGAAAAUGUC